CAAACUGUUUACCUUAUCCAUUCAAAUGGAUUGCCAAUUCCAAGAUCAACCACAAGAUUUUAUUCAUUUUCAUUUGAAUUUAUUACAUUUGUUACCCAAAUUUAGUCAUUGGGUUUUGGAUGUUUGCUUCUUGAAGGACCAUGCAAGCUCUCCGCACCAAGAGAGUUGUUGUCUUGCUAUUGGGUGUAGUGACAACUCUGUCUCUUUCUGGGAUUAUUUAAAACUGAAAGCAAAUUUCCAUGUCAGAUGUCCAGAUAGGUGCCUUUUGUAUUCCAUGCGGAUUUGGGGUGAAAAGGUUGAAGCUCUUCGUAUCGCAUCUGGUACUAUUUACAAUGAGAUUAUUGUGUGGAAAGUGGUUCAUAGCAACCAUACUUCAUCAAAAAGUCCAGUGAAAGACCAUGUUAGUAUGAUCAGUUCUUUCGACAAAGGUCUCCAGUUUCAUGAUCAGCAAUACGAAUCUGUUCACAUGUGCAGACUUGCUGGACAUGAAGGUUCAAUAUUUCGCAUUGCUUGGUUCUCUGAUGGAUCCAAACUAAUAUCUGUCUCUGAUGAUCGUAGUGCUCGUCUCUGGACCGUUCAUGCUGAAAGGAAAGAAUUUGAUAAUUUCGCGGAGAUUCUUGGCUCUCACUCAGUUGGUCCUGUUUUGUUUGGACACAGUGCUCGGGUUUGGGACUGCUGUAUAUUUGACUCUUUAAUAGUCACUGCUGGCGAGGAUUGUACAUGUCGUGUGUGGGGACUGGAUGGUAACCAGCUUAAGAUGAUAAGGGAGCACAUUGGGCGGGGAAUAUGGCGAUGCUUGUAUGAUCCAAACUCUUCACUUCUUGUUACUGCUGGGUUUGACUCAUCAAUAAAAGCACAGCUGCUGAAUGCUUCUCUGUUCAAGAGCUCAGAGAGGCAUGAUGAGGAAGCAAAAGAACUCACUGAUGGAACAAAGAUCUUCACUGUUCGUAUCCCACGUUCAUCUGAGCAUAUUGGACUCAUGAAUAGCAAAAGUGAAUAUGUAAGGUGCUUGCAUUUUGCACGUGAAGAUGCCCUUUAUGUUGCUACAAACAAUGGUUACCUGUACCAUGCUAAACUAUCCAAUAUGGCGGAUGUAAAAUGGACUGAACUUCUGAGGGUCAGUGAAACAGUGCCAAUUGUUUGUAUGGACUUGUUGUCUAGAAGCUCAUCCAACCUUCCUAGCACUGUCGAAGAUUGGGUUGCUGUUGGAGAUGGUAAAGGGCACAUGACAAUUGUCAGCAUUGUUGGUGAUAUUCAUACUACUAAAGUCGGCAUCACUUUGACCUGGUCAGCUGGAGUAGAGAGACAACUCUUGGGAACAUAUUGGUGCAGAUCACUGGGUAGUAGAUUCAUCUUUACUUCUGAUCCCAGAGGAACAUUGAGAUUAUGGAGGUUAGGCAAUCCUUUACAAUCUGUUUCACACAGUUCGCCGAAAAGUUGUGACCCUUUGCUAAUAGCAGAGUUUGUAUCGUGCUUUGGAAUACGGAUAAUGUGUUUGGACGCUUCAUUUGAGGAUGAGGUGCUGGUUUGUGGAGAUCUCCGUGGUAAUUUGGUGGUAUUCCCUUUGUUAAAGGACCUGUUGUUGGGUACAUCUGUUGCUGCAUCAAGUGAAAUAUCUACCUUAAAUUAUUUCAAAAGGGCACAUGGGAUAUCUAGUGUGUGCAGCAUUUCGAUUGCUAGCUUCAGUUCCAGUCGAGUUGAAAUACACUCGACUGGAGGAGAUGGGUGCAUAUGCUAUUUGGAACAUGACAGAGAUCAACAAAAUUUGGAAUUUCUAGGGAUGAAACAAGUGAAAGAAUUGAGUUUGGUUCGAUGUGUUGAUGCAACCUCUUCUAAUGAUUUGACAAGUGGCAGCUAUGCUGUAGGUUUUUCAUCAACCAACUUUCUGAUAUGGAACUUGAUGUCUGAGGCAAAGGUUGUUCAAGUUCCAUGUGGUGGAUGGCGGCGUCCCUAUGCUUAUUAUCUUGGUGAUGUACCGGAGAUAAGGAACUGCUUUGCAUUUGUUAAGGAUGAGGUCAUUUACAUUCAUAGUUUCUGGGUUCUAGACAGUGCGAGGAAGAUAUAUCCACAGAAUCUGCAUUUGCAAUUUCAUGGGAGAGAGAUGCAUUCCAUUUGCUUUAUUCCUGAAGAUUCACAGUCUAGUUCAAAGCAAGUUACCCUUUCUAACUCCUGUUGGAUUGCAACUGGUUGUGAAGAUGGAACUGUGAGAUUGACUAGGUAUGAUCCAAGUGUUGAGGAGUGGUCUGCAUCAAGUCUUCUUGGGGAACAUGUUGGAGGAUCAGCAGUGAGAUCUAUAUGUUUUGUUUCAAAGAUACAUAAACUUGCAGCAGAUGUGACCAACAUGCCUAAUGGGAUAAAUAGACUAAAUGCUGACUUGGGGGAUAGAGAGAAUCCUUGCUUACUAAUUUCAGUUGGUGCAAAGCGAGUUCUCACUUGUUGGAAACAAAAGAAUAGAAUAACAAAAUUCGAGGAAGAAGCUAGUAUGACUAAACCACAUGAUGCAACUGGAAGUGGCUUUAAGCCAUCAUCACGAAUGUUCUCACCAAUGUCGUUCCAGUGGCUUUCCACUGACAUGCCAAACAAGUAUUAUAGCACCUGUGAAAUAAGAGAGAACACUGAGAAAGUAGGAACAGCUGAAAAUGUUGUGGGUUCUGAUGCAGCAUAUGCAUCACCUUUUCCAGAAGCCAGGAAGAUAGAAUCAAAAAUCUACCUUGGAGAUAAAUAUGAAAAUGACUGGAGAUACCUGGCUGUUACUGCUUUUCUCGUUGAGGUUACUUAUUCCAGGUUAACUGUCUGUUUCAUUAUUGUUGCUUGUUCAGAUGCCACACUUGCAUUACGAGCUCUCUUAUUACCCUAUAGGCUUUGGUUUGAUGUUGCAUUAUUGGUUCCCCUACCAUCACCCGUUUUGGCAUUGCAGCAUAUCAUUAUUCCUAUGGGUUUGCCUUCUGAAGAGAAGAAGGAAAAGAUAAGAGAGGAGAAGAAGGAAGAAGAGGAUAAUGUUCAGACCGGAAGCGUGUAUCUUUUAAUUAGUGGAUCUACUGAUGGGAGUAUUACCUUUUGGGAUUUGACUGAAAGUGUUGAAAAUUUUAUCCGGUCAGUGUCAGAUUUUCAUAUAGAAAAGUCUAUUGAUUGUCAGAAAAGGCCACGCACGGGAAGAGGAAGUCAAGGUGGGCGAUGGUGGAAAGCAUUGGGCAGUGGCAUCUCUACUAAAAACCGAGGUGAUAAUUCAGUCACGGCAAGAACCAUUGAGGGAACUGGCAAAAAUAUGCUAAAUACUGUUGGUUGUGGAACCCCAUCAAAGUGUACUGAUUCUGAAAGAGGUGCAACAGCUUGCACUCAGCCUAUCUAUACUCCUUCCAUAGAAGAAGAGAAGUUGGCUGAUUCAUCGUUGGAAUUAUGUAGAAUAUGGCCCUUGAAAAUUUUGAAUAACAUUCACCAAUCUGGGGUCAAUUGUCUCCACAUUUCUAGUAUCCAGAAUAACAGAGGUUCCAACUUUGCCUAUAUGUACUAUGCUUUAAGUGGGGGUGAUGAUCAAGCACUUCACUGUCUUGGGUUUGAUUUGCAAAUUCUACCGUCAAACCAGUACUCCGAGAACCAGGAUCAUGACAUUGGUCAUGGUGUUAGUGAAUCUAUGAAUAACUUCAUUCACCAUGGUCAGAACCAAAACUACAGUAUCAGAUUUUUCUAUCAUGACAAAGUUGCAUCAGCUCACAGCUCUUCUGUAAAAGGAAUCUGGACAGACGGGUGUUGGGUGUUCUCUACUGGUCUUGAUCAGCGGAUAAGGUGUUGGCUCCUUGACGAGCAUGGAAAACUAAAAGAGUAUGCUUGUUUAAUCAUUAGUGUGCCAGAGCCAGAAGCAUUGGAUGCUAGAGCCUGUGGCAAAGACUCUUAUCAGAUCAUAGUUGCUGGCAGAGGGAUGCAAAUGGUUGAGUUCUCCACCUCCUGUGGCAUGGAUAAUGGAGACUGAGUCCAUGGGCGGGGUUAUGCGUCAAGUAGACUGAAACUUCGAAUUUUUUUUUAGGAAUUAUGAGCCUUUUUUGAAAGGUUUUCAUAAAUACACCAUUAUAGUAGUUCAGAAAAAUAUAUUUAUCGACAAAAAAAAAUGUUUUAAAAAAGUAA